UCUGCCUGCAGGAUGCGCGUUUAAUUCCACUCGUUUUAAUUUCGAUAAAUCUUUGAAAAUGCUGCGUCUUCUUUGCAUUUCUUGCGUUUUUCUUGGCUUCCUGAGUGAUCCUGUGCUAGCGGAAAUUGAAUAUAAUACCAUCAAUGCAGAUGGCUCCUUUCAAUUUCGACAUGCAAAUGAUGACAUUGGAGGCUUCUAUCAUAGCGCCUCUGGAACUCCAGACAACAUCGUGCGAGGUCGUUAUGGUUCGCGAAGUCCAGCGAGCGGCCAAAUCGAAGAGACCGUUUACACAGCCGGACCACGUGGCUUUCGCGCGAAUGGUCCGAAAAUACAUCGCAAAAUGGAUUUGGCCCAGUAUCCAGUGCGUCCACGUGGCAGCCCCGAUGAUCCCCUUGCCGAUCCCUACGAUGAUCCCUCCUACAGCUUCAGUUUUCGCACGCCAGAUCAAUCGCGCAGCGAGGAGAAUGAUGCCGGCAAUAGAAUAAGAGGUCUCUACUCCUAUGUGGAUGAUGUGGGUGAGCGUCACAGUGUGCGUUAUGCCGCCGGAGCUGGAACUGGCUUUGAGAUCUCCAAUGCGGUGCCGGAUAAUCCGGCAAUUGUGGGCUACUCCAGUCCGCUGUACAAGUCGCAUCCCAAGGCGCGUGGCAAGAUGUCGGUGCAACGUGGUCCCGGUGGCAGCUACAAACUCAUUGCAGCUGGUCCCGAUCAUCGACGUGCCGAGAGUCGUGCCUCCGAUGGCCUGGUGAGAGGCACUUACUCCUUUCUGGACGACAAGGGCAUACAACGCACCGUGGAGUAUAUUGCCGGAGCCGGCAUUGGUUAUCGGGUGGUGCACAAUCGUGUGGGUCCAGGUACCCAUAUAAAUCCAUCUGUGGCGGAUUUUCGACUGAGCGAUACGGAUUUCCGUUUGGCAAAUGACUUUGGCAGGGGAGCAGCUGGUGGUUUGGGUGGUGGUGGCUCCGGACCAAGUGGUGCGGGUGGUGCUGCAGCGGGUGGAGGCAGGGGCAGAUCGGGUACGGAUUACUUGAAGCCGGCUGGCGGUGGUGGGCUUGGGGAAAGUGGAGCGGAUGCUGCAGUGGCGCAGGAUGUGGGCGGGGAGGGUACUGAGGGGGAAGAUAUUGAAUUAAGCAGCAGCUCUAGUGGUAGCUCAAGGGACAAGGAGGAUCGACGUGGUUAUGCGGCAGGUAAUGGAGGCAGGGGCAGCACAAGAUAUGAUGGAACAGGAGGAGAAGUGGAGAGCAGGAGGAACGGAAGGGAAGGAGCAGGUGGAAGAGGAGGAGUUGCUGGAGGAAGAGGAAAAGGCGGAGCUGGAACUGGUAGUGGUGGCUUCCGGGAGAGCAGCUCUUCCUCCUCGGCAAGUAGAAACCGCGGCAGCAGCACAAAUAGAUUUAGUGGUGGCUCCUCCGAAAGUGGUUAUCUGCCACCCACAGGCGGUAGCAGCGCCGCCAGCGGCUCCGACGACAACUACAAUCUGAAUGAUGACGAUGUGGGCAGCUCGUUGCCACCGCUGGUGACCACCAAUCAUCGCAUACUGGAAAUCGAUCGGGAUCGUGAGUGGGUGCAACGGCAUCGUGACUCGACCGUCAUCCGGAAUGUGGGCAAAUGGUAUGUGGGCUUGCCACCGGGUCAAAGUGUGCGUGCCCAUGUGCAGAACAUCGAUCUGGUGCCACUGGGCGGACGUGUCAACCUGUCGCCAUCGGAGGCAUUGCGACAGGACGAGAUUGCCGAGCUGAGCGGCAGCAGGGAGCAUUAAACCACUUCCACAUUCUGUAGUUCUAUCACUAGUUCAUAAGUAUGUACAUUUAAGCGAUUCAAAUUGUUAAGGUUUAACUGCGCUUAAACCACAAUCAAUUUUAACAGUAUUUAAAUGCCAAAUACAUGAGUGCAUGUAUUCU